GGAGGGGAGAUCCUUGUUCAGUUUGGUACUUCUGCAGCGGUACGCAAACCGAAGAAGCAAACCGUGCAAUCUGUAACAAAGAGGUCACAGUAUAUAGCCGAUCUCUUAGGCGUUGCAUUGCUCGGACAGAUUACAUUAAUCCCCUAUAAUACUGGAAGCUGAAGAAAGAAAUCAAAGCUUUUAUAUGUGGCCCAGCAGGCCAGCAAAGCAAUAAUAGAAUGGAAUCAAAGUUCAAUCAGCUGAAAUCAUUGGGUCUUGGCUGCAAUUGACAUGGCUAGGCAAACAGUGUAUUACUUGGACUCUAUAGGAGGAUCUGCAGCAGAAGAUUUGGAAAGCAUAGUGAAUCAAGGAGUGAGGAUUCAUCAUGCCUCAACUUCUAAGAACAGGAUGAAUCUGAAAUGGGUGCGAGUCAUGUGUCCGAAGCAAGCGGGAGGAAUGGAAUGUGGUUAUUUUGUUAUGAAAUAUAUGAAAGACAUUGCAUCAGAUGUCAAACUCUUGCAGCAAAAUUUUUCUGAAAUUAAAGAAUACAGUGAAAGUGAUAUUAUAGGAAUACGUGAGGAAUGGGCUACAUAUGCAGCUACUUUGAUAACAAUGUUGAUGAAUGCGGCUGCUAGGAAGACUUGAUGAUGUGAAGCUGACUGGACGAUAUGUACUUAUGAACUGUUAUUGGCGUUGUAUGUACGAUGUCUAGGAUGCUCACCUUUUUUUGGACAUAACUAUGUAUUUGCUUAGAAUUCUAUUAACCAACAGUUGCUUGGUGGUAAAGUGAUAACUUUUGUGUUGGAACUUCCUGGAAUUUUUGUCAUGUUUUGUCCAGCAUACCUAGAAUGCAAAGUUCAACAACAAUGUAGCUUGGAAUUUGACAUGAGUAUUAAGCUUUAAAUGUUC